AUGCGUGUGUUUAACUACGCAUCACAACCUUCAUGGAUGGGCCUGCUGGCUGCAGCUCUACUGGGCACUUCAACUGUGCAAGCGGUAGAGCUAGAUGUUGAGGAUGGGGAUUCUAUCAGGAAGGCAGCCAAAAAUGUCGCCACCAACAUGAUGAGUUACUACACUGGUAUGAAUCCUGGUGACACCCCAGGUAAUUUGCCGGAUCCUUACUACUGGUGGGAGGCCGGUGCAAUGUUCAACUCUCUUAUCGAUUACUGGUUCUACACGGGUGAUGAUACUUGGAAUGACAUCACAAUACAAGCUAUGCUCUGGCAGGCUGGAGAGAACAAAGCAUUCAUGCCGGCCAACCAGAGUAAAACCGAAGGAAAUGACGACCAAGUCUUUUGGGCCUUCGCUGCUAUGACCGCAGCGGAGCGAAAUUUCCCAAAUCCACCAGAAGAUAAACCCCAGUGGCUUGAAAUGGCUCAGGCUGUCUUCAACACUCAGGUUCCCCGGUGGGACACUUCUUCGUGCGGUGGUGGCUUGCGUUGGCAGAUCUUUACGUGGAACAAUGGCUACAACUAUAAGAACACCAUCUCCAGUGGCGGAUUCUUUAAUCUUGCUUCUCGCCUGGCAAAAUACACCAACAAUCAAACGUACCAGGAUUGGGCUGAAAAGGCCUGGGACUGGACUGUCGAUGUUGGAUUCAUGACCCCGGAGUAUCACUUCUUGGAUGGAGCUAGCUGCCUCACUGAGUGCAAGCCAAUCAACCAAAUUGAAUGGACUUACAACGCUGGAACCGAAGAUCCCAAAUGGAAGGACGCACCCAGAAGAUCAUUGAUGCUUCUGGUGUUUUUCUUCUCUCACGACCCACCUAACGUGAUGUACGAGCGAGCCUGCGAGAGCGUUAAUACUUGCAUGGUAGACCAGCGGUCUUUCAAGGGUUAUUUUUCCCGCUGGAUGGCUCAAACUGCCCAGAUGGCCCCUUUCACAUACGACACAGUCAUGAAACGGCUGAAGGCCUCUGCUAAGGCAGCCGCCAAGACCUGUACCGGUGGUGUCAAUAAGAACGUAUGCGGCCUCAAGUGGACAGAGCAAAAGUGGGAUAAGACGAAAGACUUCGGUCAGCAGAUGGCUGCACUUGAAGUCAUUCAAGCCAAUCUGAUCACGCGUGUGGCUGCCCCGGUCACUAAGGAUGACGGUGGGACGAGUAAAGGGGACCCCAAUGCAGGUGGUGAGCCCCAAAAAGAAAUUCCGCCCGCUCUCGCCUACGACAUAACUACGGGCGACAGGGCUGGUGCAGGUAUCUUGACCGUGCUGUUUUUGAUUGGCAUUGGCGGUUCGACGGGAUGGCUGAUUUGGGAUUGA